AUGGACGGAGAUGGAAAGCACGGAGGUUUCCUGAGGGACCAGGUGAUUGGGAUGAGCGGGAAGGGGGCUUCACCAAUGCGGACAUCAGAGCAGGGUGCUCUGUCCGUGUCAGUGCGGCGCAGGCGGUUUGAAUCCUCUGCUUCCUCGGCCAGUAGCUCCCCCGGUAGCUGCAUCAAAGGCGGGAAGGGGGCUUCACCAAUGCGGACAUCAGAGCAGGGUGCUCUGUCCGUGUCAGUGCGGCGCAGGCGGUUUGAGUCCUCUGCUUCCUCGGCCAGUAGCUCCCCCGGUAGCUGCAUCAAAGAUGAACCGACGCCACCCCGGGCAAAGAGCAAGGCGGAAUCGGAGAAAACGAAGAAACUCCAGACAAACCGAAUGAUAAAGAGCGCGCAUGCUGCCCUGGUGGAGAAAAAGUCACCAGCCACGAAGACUGAAAAAUCUACGGCGAGGCCGACCGGUAAUUUGUCCGGUCGGUCAAAGAAGGCGCCAGCGGCGAGUAAGACCACAGACGUGCGCGAGACAGAGAAAGCUGACAAGGAGAAGUUAGAGAAGACGAAGAAGGACCGCGAACAGGAGAGGAAGAACCGAGUCAAGGAGAAACGAGACAAGGAGAAGAGCACUAGAGAGAAACAUGAGCGAGAGACGCAAGCGAAACGUGAUACGGACAGAAAGAAGCGAGAGAAGGAGAGCAAAGAGAAAGAAAAUAAAGUGAAGGCCUCAUCGUCAAGACGAUCGGCGUCCAGCAGCCGAAAGGAGCCAAAGCGCAGGGAGUCGGACGAGCUCGCAGCUGCUGGUUACCGCGGCAACAGCACUGCGGUCGAGGAGGAGGAGGCAAAGCAGAAGAUGCAGGAGCAGAGGAGGUUGGCGCGGGAAAAGGCCGAUCAUGAUGCAGAGCUGGAGAUGCAAAGGCAGCAGCAGCUUAGAAUCGAAUUGGAACAGAGGAAGGAACAGGAGCACAAGGAACGGCUGCGCAGGGAGGAGGAGGAAAGGAGGCAGCAGGAAGAGAAAGACCGGCUUGAGACUAUGAGACUCGAACGUGAGCUGGAGGAGGAAGAGAUGCGAAGGGCUGCAGAGGAGGAAAGACUCAUGGAGGAAGCCAGAGAGAGGAUCCUAGCUGAGAUGGAGGCGAAGGAGGCCCAAGAGCGGGUGGAGCAGGAGAUGGCGGAGAGGGCGAGGCGAGAGGAGGAGGAGCGGCAAGAGCGGAAGCUGCGUCUGGAAGCCAUAAUGAGCAGGACAAGGAAGAAGGAGGAAGAAAUGGAGCUGGCUGAUGUUGCGAUCCGAGGGGCGGGGAGCUUGUUUACACUUUGUCUAGACGCAGGAGAGAUAGAGACAGAGCUGCAGCAUCGAAGAGAUGCGAGACAGAGCUGGCAGCACAGGAGAGAUAGGACGAGCUGGCAAGCAACCAAAGGGAGAUGCGGGACAGAGCUGGCAGGACCAGGAAAGAUAGAGACAGAGCUGGCAGAGACCAGGGAGAUAGAGCAGAGCUCGGCAGCAUCAGGAGAGAUAGAGACAGAGCUGGCAUCAGCAGGACGAGAUAGAGAAGACCCACAGGAGAAAAGUACAGCAGACGAACUGCAGCAACAUAGAGAGCGUGAGUCACAUGAGCUGCAGCACCUGGGAGAAAUAGUACAGAGUGGCAAGCACAGGAGAGAUGGCGAACAGACGAUGUAG